AGAUAGGUCAUUUGUCUGAAUGUGAAUCGGAAUCCAAAGUAUUUCUGCGGCGAAAACGAAAACUGGACAACCCGAAAUCCGACAAUCCGACGUUUUUGUAGGCACCAAACAUGGCGGCGGACGGUGAUGAACCAAUUUCAGACCAAGAAAAGGUCCGAAUUGUCUCAGAUUUCAUCCUUCACUCCCCUCCAGGCGAAUUCAAUGAAGUUUUUAAUGAUGUUAGGGUACUACUUCACAAUGACUCGCUCUUGAAAGAAGGAGCAUCAGGUGCCUUUGCUCAAUACAACAAGGAUCAGCUGACACCUGUGAAAAUUGAAAAUUCUGAUCAUCAGGUGCUCAUUACUGAACACAAUGAUUUGGGCUCUAAUCGCUUCUUUGAUGCUCACUCAAGGCAAAGUUUUAAAUAUGACCAUCUACGUAGAGAAGCAACUGAUUUCCAGCCAUGGGAGCCUGAUGCAGCAUCAGAGUUAUGGAGAUCUGCAUUGGAAACUGAAUUUAUAAAUUACACCAAUGCCCAUUACAAGCAUGGUGUUUGCAGUGUCUUUGCUAAAAGUCAGAAUGGGGUUAUUACUCUCACUGCAUGCCUAGAAGACCACCAGUUUCAACCGAAAAACUAUUGGAAUGGCCGAUGGCGAUCCCAGUGGUCUGUAACUUUAUCCUCCAGUGCUGCAGAAGUUAGAGGAAUUUUGAAAGUUCAGGUGCACUACUAUGAAGAUGGAAAUGUUCAGCUUGUGAGCUCUAAGGAUGUAAAAGAGGAAAUCCUAACUAUCACGAAUGAACAACAAACUGCUAAAGAGUUUGUCCGUAUUGUUCAAGAGGCUGAAGAUGAGUACCAAAAUGCCAUUACUGAAAAUUACCAAACUAUGUCUGAAACAACCUUCAAGGCACUUCGACGUCAAUUACCAGUUACACGAACUAAGAUUGACUGGAAUAAGAUUGUUUCGUACAGCAUUGGUAAAGAAUUGAAAACCCAAUGAUGAAUGUUGUUGUCAUUUGUGACCUCCUAUAGUUAGUGUUGGGGAAGGGGGGCAUUGUGGCCAUGUAAUUGCAUGUGCAUUUUAUUACCUUUGGGUGUAUAUAAUUGAAUACAAGAGUUAUUAACUACUGUUAAAUAGAUUCCUUGUUGCAAAAGUCAUUACAGCAAGCCAAGUCUGAUGUAUUUUCAAUGUAGUGUAUUUUACACUUUUGUGGGGCUUGACUCUUAAGAAAUUUGUGGACUAUGUAGGUAUUAAAACAUUUAUUUGGGAUCUAAUUGAGUUUUGGUUUAUUGUAUUUUUCACUUCAAUUUGUUUUGCAUUUGUCAAAACCAAAUCAUUUUGCUUAUUAAUAUUUGUACAAAACAUUUUUUCACUUUUGUAUUGAAACUUAUUGUGCAUCAAAUGUGAUGGAGAAUGUUUUGUUCCUUUUCUCAGUAUUCUGUUCAGUCCCUUUUCUCUUUCCCCAUUGCUUGCCAAAUCUGCAUUUUUCUCUUUGAAGCUAUGUGAAUAUCUUAGGUUUGAUCUAUCAUAUAUCAAUUAUAUUAUGUUAAUUUGAUCAUAACUUUAUUUGCAGUUGGUAUUUUAAUUGUACUUGUGGCUUGUGUUUUAGUCAUUGCAGAUAUUUUUCAUCAUGAUGCUUGGUUGAUAGAUCGUAAACAUUUAUUAUCUUUCCUUGCAAUAUAUUAGUAAGUUUAAUUUCUGUGACAUCUUUUCCCAUAAUGUGCUAUUUCUUCCAACUGCAAUAGUAUUGCUUGAAGGGCAUGUGUAUAUAAUGUAUUUUUUAUGGUGAGAGUAUAACCUAAAGUAAAAUCCAAAUGUUACGAGGUAUUUUGAAUGUUGAAUGUCAACAUAUGCCAUUUGUGGUUGUUUCUCAUUUUGCAUUUGGUUUAAUUGACUAUUUUGUAUCUUAGAUUUGCAAAUAAAUGUCUGAUGAUGGCUUUCACUACAUAUUCUAAAACAUUUUUGUCUCUUACAUGGCUGUUAGUUUCAGACCUUUAUAUUAAGUACAUGCCAAAUGUGUGUGUGUGUUUUGGACCAUUAAAUACAACUGUGAGAGCUGUUAUCAGCUUUAAACACUAAUACCAUUUUAUGAUUGUUAAUUUUUUGGUUUUAGAAUAUCUCACAACUUCUAGACCUGGAGUAUAAACUACUCUCAUCCCUCUGUCAAAUUCUGUUUAAAUUGAGUGGCCCUUGUCAGGCUGUUUUAGUAACAUUAACUACAAAUGUGAGGGAAAUCUUCAGAUAUUGUUGUAUUCUGUUAUUACUUUACUUUCAAUAAAACCAUUGGCUCGUUUUGGGCUUUCCUUUAUAAA